GUCCAGUUGCUAGCUAAAUAAACAUGUCUGCUUUUUCAUCAUCAGAUUGCGAAUUUUAAUGACACGUAAAGAGACGAACAGGAAAAAAAUAAGGAACAUGGCGCCAAUUAUAAGAAUAUUAAUGGAGAUUUGGUGCGCUUUGGCUGGUUUGUUGGCGCUGUGGUGCCUUUUGUGACCGUGUUUACACGCAGCUAGCCCUCCUGUGGGCUAAUGGAAGCUUGCAAGAUGGAGCUUGGAACAAUGUUGUACAACAAUUUAAAAGAUGUUACAUGGAGCACGACGUCCUUGCCAUUAGAUCAACUUGUCAGCGCUUACCGUUUGCCACAAAUCGUCAAGCUGGACAACGGCCAGAUAGUGGAAGGGCUCAGAGAAAACGACUACCUCUUGAUUCAUUCCUGUCGUCAGUGGACAACCAUCACAGCUCAUAGUUUGGAGGAAGGACACUACGUGAUUGGACCCAAAAUAGAGAUCCCGGUUCACUAUGAGGGUCAGUUUAAGCUGCUGGAGCAGGAUCGAGACGUUAAGGAGCCGAUACAAUACUUCAACAGUGUGGAGGAGGUGGCCAAAGCCUUCCCUGAGAGGGUUUAUGUCAUGGAAGAAAUCACUUUUAAUGUUAAGAUGGCUUCAGGAGAAUGCAAUGAGGACACUGAAGUUUAUAAUAUAACAUUAAGCACAGGCGAUGAGCUGACCCUGAUGGGUCAAGCUGAGAUCCUGUACACCAAGACCUCAAAAGAAAAAUCAAGAUUUAACACUAUCUUCAAGAAGAUUGGUAAGCUGAACUCCAUCAGCAAGAUGGGUCGUGGCAAGAUGCCCUGCUUGAUCUGCAUGAACCAUCGCACCAACGAGAGCAUCAGCUUACCUUUCCAGUGCAAAGGCCGUUUCAGCACCUGUAGUCCCCUGGAGCUCCAGAUGCAGGAUGGCGAGCACACCAUCCGCAACAUCGUGGAGAAAACCCGACUGCCGGUCAACGUCACGGUGCCCGGAAGUCCGCCUCGCAACCAGCACGACCUGCACCUCAUCCGGGAGGGCAAUCGCUACAAGUUAGUCAACAUUCAGACCAAGACAGUGGUUGUGUGCCUUGUCUUACGAAGCAACAAAAUUGUCCCCGUCCACUUCCCCUUCAUCACGGCUCUGCCUCGCUUUAUUAUCCCCGAGGAGCUGCUGCAAGGAGAGUUGUGGCUAGACACCAUGGUGCACCGCUGGUUCUCCUUCUGCCAGGAGCAGUUUGACAUUGACGACUAUUCACGUGCUGUCCGUGACGUGCGGACAGACUGGAACGAUGAGGGGAAGAGCCCCAAGAAGCAGAGUGGCGGGAACGGUAAUUGCUGCAGCGGCGGUGGGACCUCGAACGGAUGUCCCAACAGCAUGCAGAUUCCUAGCUCUUUGACAUACGCCCGCGAUGAACUCACACAGUCCUUCCACCGACUGUCGGUAUGCGUUUAUGGUAGCAACCUGCACGGUAACAACGAGGUCAACCUGCAGGGUUGCAUGACCCUCUGUGGCGACUGGGCUCUUUUGCCCUCAGACAGCCUUCCGGCUGACUCGGCAGAAAAUGAACACGUUCCCCCCCAAAUGGUGGACACAAAGCAGCAAGCAUCAAACAAGUCUGACGUUCCUUAUGAGGAGCUGUGGUUGGAUCGCCUAGGAAGCCAAAUCCCAAAGUCUUCUUUGACUGAGGGAGUUCGAGCUCUCGACAACGGCUGCUCGACAACGACAACAACUUGCUCUUACCCGGACUUGCCACUCACAAGUCCUCUCGCUCCAGUUCCCGCUCAUGAUGCGUCCCUCACACCGCCGCCUGUCCCACCCAAAUCUGAAGCUGUGAAAGAAGAAUGUCGCCUGUUGAACGCGCCUCCAAUUCCUCCACGAAGUCUUAAACAGACGCCAUCAGAGCCUCUCGUGUCCAAGCCUCGCCAGCAGGAGACGCGCUCGCCAAGUCCAACCCUCUCCUAUUACUCGUCUGGGCUCCACAGCAUUGGAGGCUCCGAGCAAGAAGAAGUGUCAGACACACAUGAGAAGGAGAAGAGUGUCUGUUAUCCGUGUAACUGGAAUCACCUCACUAGCACGACCUCUCCGAGCAGGAAGUUGUCCUCCAGGUUGUCUUGGCCAAACAACGUGAGUAGGACAGGGAGUCAGAGUUUGGACAGUUACUACAGUUAUCCCAGGAAGAGAACCAGCAACACUCAAACUAAUAACUUUGAUGCACGCGGCAGCAAGAGUCUCAGCCUGAGAAGCAAAUCUUCAAGUACCAAUUCUCAAAUGUACAAAGACAUUGAAUGCAACACCAAUCAGAGCCUCUCUUGUCCCAUUUUACCACCAAGGACUUCAAAGUUGAGAAGUUCAGAGGUCACGUGUGCACCGACUCAUGUCGACCAGCAGGAUGCGUCAAACUCGCAACACACAGUGAGCUCCGCCCACAGCCAGCAGUGGCAGCCUCCACCCAGCCUGGCCGGCCUCUCCAUAGAGGAAGUGUCCAAAUGUUUACGCUUCAUCGGUCUGCCCGACGACAUCGUCCUCAUUUUCACCCGCGAGAAGAUCGAUGGAAACUUUCUGAUGCAGCUCACUGAAGAAAUUCUCUCGGAGGACUUCAAGCUCAGCAAACUGCAGCUCACGAAACUGCUGCAGUUCAUCCACGGAUGGAGGCCCAAAAUAUGAAAUAUAUCACAUGGAAAAUAUAUACAAGACCCUUAUGCCGUCAGUACAACUACUAAAUUCUACAAUAUAUCCCCCCUAUACAUAUACACCAAUAAAUGCCACAGUACAUUGGUCAUGUUCAUGUACACAUAUGGAAUACUUCAGUACAACCCCCAUUUUCAUGUAUACAGGAAUACUACGAUACAGUCCCCAUAUUUAUUUACACAAAUAAAUACUACAGUGCAACCCCCAUUUUCAUGUACACAUUUGGAAUACUACGAUACAUCCCCAUAUUCAUGUACACAUGAAUACAUCCCCAAUAUUUAUUUACACAAACACUACAGUACAACCCCCAAAUUCAUGUACACAUAUGGAAUACCACAGUACAACCCCCCCAUGUACACAUUUGGAAUACUACAAUACAUCCCUAUAUUUAUGUACACAAGAAUACUACGUUACAUCCCCCAUAUUUAUUUACACAAAUAAAUACUACAGUACAACCCCCAUAUUCAUGUGCACGAAUGAAUACUACAGUACAACCCCCAUUUUCAUGUUCACAUUCGGAAUACUACAAUAAAUCCCCAUAUCAUGUACACAUGAACACUACUUCACUUCCCCCAUAUAUAUUUACAUAAAAAUACUACAGUACAACCCCCAUAUUCAUGUACACAUAUGAAUCACUACAGUACAACCCCCAUUUUCAUGUACACUUUUGGAAUACUACAAUAAAUCCCCAUAUUCAUGUACGCAUGAAUAGUACGAUACAUCACCCAUAUUUAUUUACGCUAAUAAAUACCACAGUACAACCUCCAUAUCCAUGUACACAUAUGGAACACUACGAUACAUCUCCAUAUAUAUACUGCAGUACAACCCCCAUUUUCAUGUAUUCAAUAUAUUCAUGUGCACAUUUGGAAUACCACAAUAUAUCCCCAUAUUAAUGUACACUUGAAUGCUACAAUAGAUCCUCCAUAUUUAUGUACACAAAGAAAUACUACAGUACAACUCCCAUAUUCAUGUACACAUAUGGAAUACAACAAUACAACCCCAUGUUCAUGUACACAUACGGAUUACUACAGUACAAACCUGUAUUCAGGUGCACAAAUUAGUACAACAAUACAUAACCCAUAUUCAUGUACAAGUAUGAGUACUACAAUACAUUCCCCAUAUUCAUGUACACGUAUGAAUACUACAGUACAUCUUGGUUGGCUAUCUGUAAUCUAAAAGAGUCCUUCAAAAGACUCGACUCGUUCAUUAACGUCCCAUCUCUACCAGUGUUAAAGUGAUCAUAUUUAUAUUUUAACUCAUUUUACUUUCACUCACUAAAACAGUGACAAGGAUACAGUAGUGUACUUACUACAUAUGCAUAUAUAUUAAGUAAUGUACUUGUAUAUGCUGACAGUAUACAAUACUGUACUCACUAAAUGUGUAUACUUAAACAUAGCUUCCUGCUGGAAUAUAUUGGAUGUAUUGAUUUUGGAGACAGCGCCCUGUCCUGCAUUCAUAUCUGCAACACACUUCCCCCUGCAGAUAGCGCCAUCACACUACGUUUUAUUUUAGUUACCAUAAAAAUCAGAUGAAAGAAAAAGAUGUAAUGUACAUAGUGUACACAUACUUCUUACACUGCUUUAUUUGCACAGCCCAUGAAAAAUUAUUUAGCACUUUUUUUUAAUGUCAGCUUCACAUUAAAGCCAACAAGAACAAAGCAGAUCAUUUUAAUUUAUAACACAUCAAUAUUACAUGUCAUCCUCAAAGUAUUUGUUUCACCUUAUAAUAACUUACUGACGUACAGUACUUGUGUUGCUAUGGUAACGCUGAUAUCAACAUUGUCCAGACAACGUAAACUCAACCAAAGCAAUUUGAUCAAACGAGAAAAUAAUUCCAAACACUUCAAAAUGUCAGUCAGAGAGCAUCAAAUGUAAGAAACAAUGUCAUUAAAGUAAACAUUUAUGUAACAAAGCAUUUGAAUUAGCAUUUGAAAAGCUAACACUUAACGGUACAGUUAUUAUUGCUCUAUUCCUAAAACUGACUGAACAAACAUCUUAACCACGAGUAAUGUAUAUAUAUAUAUAUAUAUAUAUAUAUAUAUAUAUAUAUAUA